AAUGCAACUCUCGGCGGCAACAAGAAGCAGACGCAAAAACAAGACAAAAAUACUGAUUUCUCCCAUCAACCAGUCCAUUAUAAAAUAAUAUAAUAUAAUUAUAACAAUUUUAAAUUUUUUGAAAAAGGACCCUAAGGACACUUUAAAAUUAUGAGCCAUGCGGCUGCAUUUUGGCUGCUAAUGCUGCUGCAAGGCACCUUAACAGCCCUUGGCGAACGCACGCGCGAUAAGAUGUACGAGCCUAUUCUAGGGGCCAGUUGUUUUCGCAGAUUAAAUGGCACGCACCAAACCGGCUGUUCCUCAACUUACUCCGGGUCUGUUGGCGUUCUGCAUCUAAUCAACGUCGAAGCCGACUUGCAAUUUCUCCUCGGGAAUCCGCCAUCGCCACCGUAUGCACCUCUGAUACCACCACAUUUGUUCACAAGAAGCAAUCUAAUGCGACUGAAAGAAGCCGGACCUACAAACAUUUCAGUGGUAUUGCUCAUUAACGAAACAAAAAAGAUGAAGCAGUUUUCGCACGAGCUCAACUGCCCCAAUCAAUAUAGUGGAAUCAAUAGUAGCGAAUCGUGCGAUGCUAGCAAUCCGGCAAAUAGCUGGAACCCCUGGGGCACAGGACUGCUGCACGAAGACUUUCCUUUUCCCAUCUACUAUAUAGCCGAUUCAAAAGAAAUAGACAAGCUGAAAGAAUGUUUUGAAAAGUUUAACAACAAAAACUACGAAACUCACGCUCUGCGCAGCCUUUGUGCUAUUGAGGUAAAAUCUUUUAUGUCGGCUGCCGUUAAUACGGAGGUGUGCAUGCGGCGUACAAACUUCAUCAACAAUCUAGGAGGCAGCAAGUACUGUGAUCCUCUCGAGGGACGAAAUGUGUAUGCAACAGUAUACCCUCGUAAUUAUUCAACAGAGAAUGCAAUAGAAGGGGCAAAGACGGACGAGAAGUUUAUUUUAGUAACAUGUCGAUUGGACACCGCCAGCAUGUUUGAUGGCGUGGGUCUUGGUGCAAUGGAUUCAGUAGUCAGCUUGGCUGUGUUUACUCAGGUGGCUAACCUGUUGCGACAGAUUCUGCCAGCCCAAAGCUCGCUACCCGAUACGCGUCGUAAUGUCCUCUUUGUGACUUUCAAUGGUGAAUCCUACGAUUAUAUUGGGUCGCAGAGGUUUGUGUACGACAUGGAGAAUCUCCAAUUCCCCCCAAAAUCGGCAGGCGGAUCUCCUAUUGCCUUCGAAAACAUUGAGUUUAUGUUAGAUAUUGGCACACUAGAUGACAUAGCUAACAUCAAGUUGCAUGCCCUCACUAGCCCACCACCGUUGGCCCAGAAACUGCUUGAGCAACUUAACACGUAUGCUAAAUCGCCAAGGUAUGGCUUUAAUAUAAACAUACAGUCGGAGUUGGGUCUCCACAUACCACCCACAUCGGCGCAAUCAUUCUUACGCCGUGAUUCAAAGUUUCCAGCUUUGAUACUGAAUACUCGCCCAACAAACAAAUACUACCAUUCCAUUUACGACGACUCGGAUAAUGUUGAGUUCGUUUAUGGCAACACUAGCCAGGAUUUUACACAACUUGUGGAGGUGGGAGACUUCAAGACUUUAAAAGCAGAUUCACUGCAAAUGAAAGUACGAAAUAUAUCCUCGAUUGUGGCCCUAGCACUUUAUCAAAGUCUCACUGGGAAAGAGUACACUGACACCAAGGUGGCUAAUCCAAUAUUGGCGGAUGAGCUGCUGCAGUGCUUUUUGGAAUCAGCUGACUGUCCGAUAUUCAAGGCCGCAUCGUAUCCAGGAAGUCGAACGGCAUUGCAGCUCCCACCAAUGCGGUAUAUAAGCGUCUUGGGUGGUUCCCAAGAGUCUUCCGGCUGGACGUAUCGUUUGCUAGGCUAUUUGCUCUCGCAGCCACAAAAAAAUAUAUCACAAGUUAAUUGCACCACUUUGCCACUGCACUACUUCGCCGGCUAUAACAAUACAGGAGAGUGUCGACUGACUACCCAAAACUAUAGCCAUGCCUUAAGUCCAGCCUUCCUUAUCGAUGGCUAUGAUUGGGCAUCCGGUCAGUACUCUACAUGGACUGAAUCCACCUGGUCGCAAUUCAGUGCGCGCAUCUUUCUGCGUCCGUCCAAUGUGCACCAGGUGACCACGCUCAGUGUGGGCAUUGUGGUGCUCGUCGUCUCCUUCUGCCUGGUAUACAUAAUUAGCUCGCGCGCCGAAGUCCUCUUCGAGGAUUUGCCGGCAAGCAACGCUGCGUAA